AUGACCCCUAUGGUCAUUCAAGUAUAGCCUACCUGGCAUUUCACUCUCAGAUAAAUCUGACCAAUGAAAAAACAUACACUUUGUUGCAGUCAUAGUAAGGGUAUGUGCAUAUGAUUUAAGCCAUGAUCAGUCGAUAAUCAAGCUUCUCAUUUUCAGAUGAACAAUAUAUUUUAUAUCACUGUAGGAUUUGAUCUCUAAAGUAACACAUUACAUAUUUAUAUAAAAAUACAUUAGUUGGUAUCCUUUAGACCAGGUCUCUCAAACCCUGUUCCUGGAGAGCUACCCUCCAGUAGGUUUUCGCUCCAACCCCAUUUGUAACUAACCAGUUCAUUGUUAGAUUCAGGUGUGCUAGAUUAGGGUUGGAGUGAAACAGUAGCUCUCUAGGAACAGGGUUGGAGAGCCCUGCUUUGGACAGUAUGCAGAGCCUGUAACCUUUAACCCCAUAACCUUUAAGGGGCUUUGAGUAAUGCUACUGUGAUGAUUAAGUUGGGUGGCGCACAAUUGGUCCAGCGUCGUCCAAGGUAGGGGAGGGUUUGGCCGGCAGGGAUGUGGGUUUGUUUCCCACGGGAGGCCAGUAUAUAAAAAAAAAAAAAAAAAUGUAUGCAUUCACUAACUGUAAGUCGCUCUGAAUAAGAGCGUCUGCUAAAUGACUAAAAUGUAAUGUAAAUGUAAGUUGAAGAAAUAGUGUGUUUUAACCCCCUAGAGGCGAUUGACGCACCUAAGUUACAUAAGAAAAAAAUCCCCAUCAAAAUCAAUCAGUUUCAGCUAGAGAUAUGUUUUUUUGCAUUGGAUGAGUCUCAAUCCACUGCAUCCGCCUGUCGCACUUCCGCAUCUGCGGUGAAAGGUGGCAGAGCUAGAGCGGUAUUUGUCAGACCAUGAGACAUCCCGAAAAUCUGUCUUCUCAUGAAAUGUCUGUAGAGUCUGAAGGAUUUGAACUAUUAUGAACACGAUAGUGUUCUCCGUUUUGCUCUACGACUCCCACAAGUGUCAGGAAACUCGUAUGAAGUCGGUACCGUCGAUGUGCCAACUUCUGUUUGAUAGCGCCUAAACCGUUUGGGCUACAAACUAAUGGGAUUCUCACGAACACGAUGGUGUUCUCCGUUUUGCUCUACGACAUCCACAAGUGUCACGGGACUCGUCUGAAGGUAACCGGUACCAGUAAAAUAAAACUAAUGGAAGUAUGAAGGUAGUUUUGUGCUUACCCAAAAAAAGGCGUUAAUAACACCUGUCACGCCCUGGCUCUGGGGACUCUUAAAUGUUGAGCCAGGGUGUGGACUUGUUAUGUUUAGUUGUCUAUGGGUGUUCUAGAUUGUGUAUAUCUAUGUUGGCCAGGGUGGUUCCCAAUCAGAGACAGCUGUAGCUCGUUGUCUCUGAUUGGGGACCAUACUUAGGCAGCCUUUUGGCACUUUUGUUUUGUGGGAUCUUGUUCCGUUAAAGGUUUGUGUUGGUAACCUAGGACUUCACGUAUCGUUUAUUUGUUGUUUUGUUGGUGUGAAGUACUUAAUAAAUAUGUACGCUUAUCACGCUGCGCCUUGGUCCGUCACUUCCUUGAACGAUCGUGACAGAAGAUCCCACCAUAAGAGGACCAAGCAGCGUGCCCAGGAGGAGAAGAUGGCGAUGUCCCAGGUGGGCAAAUGGUGGUCUUGGGAGGAGAUCUUCGCGGGCAAAGGGCCAUGGGCAAAGGUAAAUGCCCAGGCAGGAGAGGAGAAACGGCGCCAACCGCGCCGACGACGGACACCCCAAGAAAAUGUUGGGGGGGGGGGGGCACACGGUGUGGACGACGGGGCAGCAGGAGGCAGCUACAGGGCGAAUCUGCGGACUAGGAGAGGAGGCCACCAGGUUACGGGGGCUAUUGGUCAUGAGGGAGAAGGAGAGUGUAGAGGCACGGCGAGAGGAACUGGUUAGGCAGCAGAGGGAGCGGAGGUUUAUUAGGAAACCCAGUCCCGCUCCUCGCACCAAGCAAGUGGUGUGUGUCACCAGUCCGGUCCGGCCCGUUCCUGAUUCCCGCACAAGGCCAGUGGUGCAUGUUCCCAGUACGGCCCGACCUGUUCCUGUCCCUCGCACCAAGCCAGUGGUGCGCGUCGCCAGCCCGGUCCGGCCUGUUCCUGCCCCUCGCACAAAGCCAGUGGUGCGCGUCGCCAGCCCGGUCCGGCCUGUUCCUGCCCCUCGCACAAAGCCAGUGGUGCGCGUCGCCAGCCCGGUCCGGCCUGUUCCUGUCCUUCGCACCAAGCCAGUGGUGCGCGUCGCCAGCCCGGUCCGGCCUGUUCCUGUCCCUUGCAUCAAGCCAGUGGUGCGCAUCGUCAGCCCGGUCCGGCCUGUUUCUGCUCCCCGCACCAAGCCAGUGGUGCACGUCGUCAGCCCGGUCCGGCCCAUUCCUGCUCCCCGCACCAAGCCAGUGGUGCGCGUCGUCAGCCCGGUCCGGCCCGUUCCUGCUCCCCGCACCAAGCCAGUGGUGCGCAUCGCCAGCCCGGUCCGGCCCGUUCCUGCUCCCCGCACCAAGCCAGUGGUGCGCAUCGCCAGCCCGGUCCGGCCUGUUCCUGCUCCCCGCACCAAGCCAGUGGUGCGCGUCGUCAGUCCGGCACAGCCCGUGCCUGUUCCACCGGUGCCUGGUUCCACCGGUGCAAUCCGCUCCACCGGUGUCCAGUCCAGCUCCGGCCAGCGGGCCAGACCAGACUAGGGCCGCUACGGGGUGGUAGCGAGAGAGUGUUGGUCACGCCCGGAGCCGGAUCCGCCUCCGAGGCGGAAUGCCCACCCGGCCCCUCCCCUGUUGUGUUUGGUUGGCGCGGUCGCAGUCCGCGCCUUUGGGGGGGGGGGGGGGGGGGGGUACUGUCACGCCCUGGCUCUGGGGACUCUUAAAUGUUGAGCCAGGGUGUGGACUUGUUAUGUUUAGUUGUCUAUGGGUGUUCUAGAUUGUGUAUAUCUAUGUUGGCCAGGGUGGUUCCCAAUCAGAGACAGCUGUAGCUCGUUGUCUCUGAUUGGGGACCAUACUUAGGCAGCCUUUUGGCACUUUGGUUUUGUGGGAUCUUGUUCCGUUAAAGGUUUGUGUUGGUAACCUAGGACUUCACGUAUCGUUUAUUUGUUGUUUUGUUGGUGUGAAGUACUUAAUAAAUAUGUACGCUUAUCACGCUGCGCCUUGGUCCGUCUCAUCCAGUAACGAUCGUGACAACACCUGUUUCCUCAUAUCCCCCUCCAGGCACAGAAAAGUUCAUUUUAAACCUGUUAAUAUCAACGAAUUCCAAUAAACAGAACCCCCUGAGGGAGUCACAAGACCUAGCAUAUAAAUCAAACUCUGUCUUCUCCAUUUCCAGUUUCCACAAGUGUUUGUUAUGUAACAGCGAGCUACGCUCAAAGCUAUUGCAGAAUUUAUUUAGAGACACACUAUUUAAAAUUCCCAGAUGAGACCUGGGGUGAGGUUUGUAGUGAAGGAUUAACAAUUUUGAGCAGGAAAAGGGGACACAGUGUGCUGGACUGCAAGGAAUUUGUGUGAGAAUCCCUGGAACAGGUGGGUACACAUUCAUGUUGUAUCCUUUAAUCCUUUGUUCUACCAGCUUGACAACUUUGUUUAGUCUCAUUUUCUCUCAUGUUAUUGUUUGAAGUGUGUUUGAAGUGCUAUAGAUGUAGGAUCUUAAUUUGAGCCAGUUUGCUACAGCAGGUAAACAAUCCUGCAGCAACAGGAAAUAUAAAUUAUUAUGUGGAUUGUACAUUUUUGUAGGGGUUGAUUCAUUUUUCGUUUGGGGCAAAUAAAGUCUGACAUUUUAAAGUGGAAAUUACAAACUUUAGAAGCCUUUUUAAACCUCAAAUACACUACAAGUUUGCAUUUCCUGAUGUGCAGGAACAUUUUCAGCAACGAAAAAGUGAUCAAAAUUAAGAUCCUACAUCUGUAGUGUUUUGUCUUGGCCAGUGAUCACCUGUCUCUUGUCCUUUCUCUGGCCUUGUUGAGAUGUGUGCUGAUUAAACUUUGAAGUCAAACCACCUGUGGCUGUUGUGACGUAAGUUCCAAUUUUAUGACACAUAAAGUAUAAAGUAUAGUGAUUUAAUGUGAGGAAUGUGCCUCUGGUGGUUAAUACCAUUGUUGUGUGAGAGUGGGAAUUGGAGUUGAUGAUCAUUGAUUAGUAAUGUCUGACGUGCAGUGGCGGCUCCUGAAAAAAUUCUCAGGGGGGGCAAUUUUUCUGAUGAUUUAGGUGACCUACACACAUUUUAAAAAAGAUAUGUCCAGCAACAACAUGAAGACAGGGGCAGCAUAUAAGUCAAUGCCAGAAGCAUUUAUUGACUGAUCUCAAAAGUGUUGGCUUACAAAAGCAAAAUAAGUUAUCACAGUAAAAAUAAUCAAGGGUGUUCUUUCACAUUCCUCAACACUGCAUAAACAAUAUGCAUUUCCAUAAACAAAUGAAAUAUCAGCUGAAAAUACAGCAUCUUGGUAUUUGUUCAGAUUGCAGGAUCAACAAGAGCUUUUAACACAUUUUUUGCCUCAUGGUUGAAUUGGAAAUAUGUGCACCUGAGCAUAAUUCACAACAAGCAAGCAGGAGCUUUUGAUAGAGGCUACUGAAAACAUUGAUGCAAGUUAUUGGUAAUAAGACAUUUUUAUAGACUUCCAUAUUCUGCCCUCUUGUAUAGAUUUGUGAAAAUGAACAGUGAUAGACAUUUUGCCUGAAAACAGAAUUUGAAAAUAAUUUAUAGAAAAGGUAAACACAGCUAUCUGUAUGGCUUUGUAAAAAUGAACAACCAUAUUCUGGCCAAUUGUAUAGAUUUGUAAAUAUGAACAACCAUAUUCUGGCCAAUUGUAUAGAUUUGUAAAAAUGAACAUGAACAGAUUAUUUUAUUUGUUUUACUUUUUUUAAAAUGAAAAAUAACUAUUUUAAACAACAUCAACUGUGAACUGAUUUGGGCGUGUGUGUGUUAAAGAGACAGACAGGGAGGGACAAAGAGAGAGAGAGGCUACAUUACUUGUACUGAAACUGUUCUCUUCUCUCUUUCAAUGCAGCAAAGCGGUCAAUGACUUUCUCAUUGAAAUCAGGCAUGCUGAGGACUAGUUCCCUCUCCAUGGAAAGCAUGGCCAGUGCAUUCAGACGUUCCUGGCCCAUUGAAUUUCGCAGGAAUGUCUUAACUCGUGUCAAAGUUGAGAAACAUCUCUCAGCUUCAGCUGUUGUCAUGGGAGCAGUUAUGAGGAUGUUCAACAGAGUCACAGUCUCAGAGAACGUCUCCUGGAGGUUGUAGCUCAUGAGAACCUGGUACAGUGCCAGUGCACCACAGUUUGACUUUCUCGUCGUCGGCAAAAAGACCGUUCAGUCUCUUCAAAAGCACACUGGCGAUUGAGACUGAGGUUGAUUCCGAGAUGGGAAGGAACUCAAAAAAGCGCUCCUGCACUUUGUGGUUGCUAUCUAUGUACCUCAGCACAAGCACCAGCUGUGUCUGUGUAGAAACGUCCGUGGUCUCGUCAGCUUGGAUAGCUACGAAGUUCGCCGACUUCACCUCCUCCACAAUAUGUUCCCUCAUGACCGCUAGCAUACACUCCAGUAGCUCGUUUUGAAUGGUCUUUGAUGUGAACUUCUUUCAAAGAGACAAUCGAGUUGCACUGAACGCUAGCCAUCUUGAUAGUAGUACGUGAAUUGAUUGACGCUGCUACCCGCUCUUUUCUUAGUUACGUUCAUGGUUAUGUUACGUAUGACGAAAGCGCGUAAGUGCAAGCCCUCAGAAACCCAUAGAGAUUGUAUUGAAAGCUCUGAUAUUUGAAAAAAAUAGAUUUUACAUGAGAGUCUAUGAGAUACUUCUGGGGCGAUUUUCAACCUGACUGAAAUCGCCCCAAAAGGGGCGGGGCCAUUUGAAGCACGACUUUAGCCUGAUUGGACGUUUAGUGGCAGAUCAGACGUCUAGAUUAGAACACUGAUAACUACUGUUGCCUUGAUAUAAUUGAUUAGAAAAAAAAUCCCUUCCUUUUCCCGUUUGGCAGUGCGUCGCCCAUAUCGCCCUAAUGAACGAUAUGAAUGUCUAAAUUCCUGUCUGUCACGUAAACAAAUUGAGAUGGUGGUAAUGUAACGCAUCAUUUGUAGGUUUCAGAGAGUGGAACAUCAGCUAUAUGAAAGAUAAGACUUGGACACGAGACAGCAUAUGGAGCUAACUGGACGUGACUUUAUUCCAGGACAACCACCAUCUCAAUUAGUUCAAGUGAGAGACACUGUCCCCAUAGGAGAUCCCUUUGAAGAACCCCUUUUGGUUCCAGGUAGAACUCUUUGUGGUUCCAGGUAGAAACCUCUGUGGAAAGGGUUCUACCUGGAACCAAUAAGGGUUCUACCUGGAACCAAUAAGGGUUCUACCUGGAACCAAAAAGAGUUAUCCUAUGGGGACAGUCGCAGAACCUUUUUGGAACCCUUUUUUCUAAGAGUGUAGAGCUGGGACAAUAAACCGAAAAUGAUCGACUCUGACCAUACCGAUCACUUAUCGCAGGCAUUUUGCAGAUAUCGUUCAUUAAAAUAAGUAGCCUAUACUACAGAAAUGUGAAAUAAAUGUGCUAAUAUGGGUGAUUGUUAAUGUUACAAUUGAUGACUACAACCAUCAAACUAUUUGUAGUGAAAAGUAUAAUAAAAAAAAAAAACUGUGAUGCACAUUGUUAUAAACGUAUCGUUCUAUUUAUCAUAAUCGCAUCAAUUCAGGCAAUUUAUUGCAUUAUGGAUUUUUGUCCAUAUCGUCCAUGUCAAGGGGUGCUGAAGGUGGGUGUGGUGCAUGAAUCAAGCGCAGGACGCAGAAGCUCAGUCCAAAAGACUUUAGUGCAAUAUUCACGUAGAAAAUAAGCACAAUAAGCCCGAAGGCGAAAUAACGGCGCACACAGGCGUCAAACAAACGGCGCACUAACAUGUGCGAAAAACCUCUCCAAAACACUGGAGGGAAGUACGUAGCUCCAACACGAAACAGAAGAGCAAUCACACACAAAGACAAACACACACAACGAGAACUAAAUAGGACACUAACGAGGACUAACAAGACACAGGUGUACAACAUCAAGACAAAACCAAACGAACAUGAAACAUAGAUCGGUGGCAGCUAGUACUCCGGGGACGACGACCGCCGAAGCCUGCCCGAACCAGGAGGAGGAGCAGCCUCGGCCGAAACCGUGACAGUCCAGCUCUAAAUCACACGUCAGGCAUUGCUAAUCAAUGAUCAUCAACUCCAAUUCCCACUCUUCCAGUUGCAAUACAUUGUGAAAUAGUACAAGUACCAAUGAGUGUUCUUGAAGAAAGAAAAAAACACAACAAUCAUAGACCAGAUCUUUGGAAAUGCCACAAAUCAAUUACCCUUUACAUAAUGGAAUUUCUUAUUCUUAAUUCUACUGUGGGGGGAAUGGGGUGGCAAUUUCGGCAGUUGAGCAAUCACAGAUAUGAUUGAAUUCAAUGUGCUUAGUUUUGAGCUGUAUGUCAUUCUCUAUUGCCUCCAUUUUGACUAUUGCCUCUAUUUUUACCAUUUGUGCAGUGUUUGGUUGUAUUUUCCACUACACAUAAGAUGUUGUAAUUAUUUAUAUUGAAUUGAACACUUCAAAUUUAAAAGCUUUUUUUGAGUAGAUGGUGCAGGAUAGAAUGCUGAUCAAUGAUGUCACAGUUAUGUUUGUAUUUGCCAAAAUUACAUCAAACAAAAACAAAUACUUCUGCUUUGAAAGGAAAUCUUCUUUGAAAAGAAAGGAAGUGCAGAACACAUUUACCUAUUUAUAUCUGGGUUGGAUGUGCUUUCUUUUGACACCGUUCCAAAACAUUACUCACAAUAACGUUGAUUUAUUAUGCUCUGUUUUCCCAUCUUAAGGAACAAGACGCAGAGUUGAAAAUGAAUCUGUACAUGGUCUCCUUUCGUGGACUGCACUUCAUGGAAUGUUUUUUUCUCAUGACUCUACUGGGCAUUAACUGGGCACUACCUAAAACAGACCCACCUGUAGAUCCUAACUACCCCUUCCUUUUCAUGUGGAACUCUCCCACAGAACUCUGCGAGACCAGAUUUGGCGUGGGUCUCAACCUCUCCCACUUCCAGUUAGUGAGCAGCACUUUGAAGUCCGCCACCAACCAAAGCAUCUCCAUUUUCUACUCGGACCGUUUCGGCCUCUUCCCAUACGUGGACGAGGACACAGGGGAAAUAUAUGACGAAGGCCUUCCACAGCUGAUCGAUUUCCAGGAACACCAUGAGCAGGCCGAAGAUGACAUUGAAUACUACAUCCCCGAAGACCAACCGGGCCUCGCCAUCCUUGACUUUGAGGAAUGGCGACCACAGUGGGUCCGGAACUGGGGCAGCAAGGACAUCUAUCGAGAUCUCUCAAUUGAGACUGUGAAAACCAAGACCCCAAACUUAUCCGACGACGAGGCCGAAGACAGAGCCAAGAUAGUGUUUGAGCGAGCAGCAAAGCGAUACUUUCUCCGAUCUCUCUUGGUUGGGAAGAGGCUAAGACCCAACAGGCUUUGGGGAUACUAUCUGUACCCAGACUGUUACAACUACGACUACAACCAGGAUAUGAGUGAUUAUUCUGGGAGUUGUCCUGAGCUUGAGCUAGAGAGGAACGAUGACUUGAUGUGGCUAUGGAAGGAGUCCACUGCUCUCUACCCAUCCAUCUAUCUGGAGCUGAUCCUGAGAGAUUCCUACCAAGCCCGCCUGUUUGUCCGCCACCGCAUUCAGGAAGCUAUGAGAGUAUCCAUGCUCCCCAACCAAAGUUACGCCAUUCCUGUCUACGCCUACAUCCGCCCAGUUUUCAAAGAUAGUGGUGAUGACUACAUGUCAGAGGUCAGUGAACACUGUCAAGAGUUCUGAAAACGAUUUAUGUACCUGACCGCACACUAACUGGCCUUAAAUCAGAUAUUAAGGCGCCGGAACUUAAUUAUAAUAAUUUGUACACUGCAUAAUUGAUCACAACUAAGCCCAAAAAGAGAUUGUAUUUGAAAAUAACAAUAAUUUUAUACCUUGAUUACAUUGAGACACAAUCACGUCUCUUUUUAUAUUUGUGGGAAUACUUGAACAGAUUUCCUAAAUGAAACAAAUAUUUUGCUGGAAUCCUGGUGAUUUUAGUCUCUUUUGACUUAAAACUAAAAUCAUACAAAAAAAUACAUAUUUUUUUUGUUGUUGCUAAAAACUGUUUUGUUGUUGCUAAAAACCUGUUGCUGACCCCUGGCCUAAAUGUCUCAAAGGUAGAGCAAAAAAAUCAUAGUGAUCUCUCUAGCUAUCUUUUCCUUUAAUCGUCUGUUCUACCAGCUUGACAACUUUGUUUAGUCUCAUUUUCUCUCAUGUUAUUGUUUGAAGUGUGUUUGAAGUGUUAGUGUUUUGUCUUGUCAAAAUGUGUAUCCUUUGAAUGACUUGGUGUGAUUUGUAUCCUUUGAAUGACAUGGUGGGGGUGUAUUGUGUCAUAGUGAUUUUCCCUUAUGGCUUUGUAACUCUGUGGUUUCCAGUAUGACCUGGUGAACACCAUUGGGGAGGCAGCUGCCCUGGGAGCGGCUGGGGUGAUCUCCUGGGGGGACAUGAACGUCACUGACUCAGAGGUAUGCUCCCUAUUUUUAUACACAUCUAUUUCAUAUGCAUCUAAGAACAAGCUUAUCUAAUAACACCUAAAUGCACGUAAUCAAAUCUUUAAUGUAAACACAACCAAAGCACUUUAUCACUCUGCCCUUAACUUUUCACAGGACUCCUGCUUCGCUGCCAGACGCCACCUGGAGAAGAUCAUGAAUCCGUACAUCUUGAAUGUUUCCAUGGCAUCGCGGCUGUGUAGCGAGGCUUUGUGUCAGGCGAAUGGCCGUUGCAUAAGAAAGCACUGGGACAGAGACGACUACCUACACCUCGACCCAUACACCUUCCAGAUCAAGAGAUAUAGAACAGGCGAUCUGGCAGUGAAGGGUGAAAUGUCCCAAUAUGAGAUUGACUGGUUUGCUGACAGAUUUGACUGUUUGUGCUAUUCUGACGAACCAUGUCAGUCCUCCAGUACUCUAAACUCCUUCCCUAACUUUGUCCAAAGCAAUGGAACUCCCCAAUACUUCCAACCGUUUCUCAUUCUGGCUUCUAUUGUCUACAGUACACACCUUUGUUUUGUAAUGAUGUGGAACAUCACAGGAGGCUGGUGAAGGGAGGACUGCUAAUAAUGGCUGGAAUGGAGUGAAUGGAUUGGUAUCAAACAUAUGGAAACCAUGCAUUUGAUACCAUUCGAUUAAUUCCGUUCCAGCCAUUACUAUGAGCUCGUCCUUCCCAAUUAAGGUGCCACCGGCCCCCUGUGAUGUACGUGUAUUGUGGACAACAGGAGGUGUUGUACUGUCACUUGGAGUUUCCAGGGCUUCUUGAGUUUAUGUUUGGGAUGCUAGUUUGGGUUGCUACCAUAUGUCUGUGUCAGUAUAAAAAUAUAUAAUAAAAAAGUUAAGGUAAAACAUAUGAACACACUGUACUUCUGGUGAAAAUGCGAAAACAUAACUGAAACUGCUGUGAAAAGUGUAAAUAUAUUUGAUGGUGAUGUAAAAGUACAGAUUAUGGUGAAAAACCAUCAUUUCCAAUUAAAGACAAGAGCACAACAAGUGUAACUGGAUAUACUGUAUAUCCACAACCUUUAACUAGGUUUCUUGUUUGAUAUACUGUAUAUCCACAACCUUUAACUAGGUUUCUUAUUUGAUAUACUAUAUAUCCACAACCUUUAACUAGGUUUCUUGUUUGAUAUACUAUAUAUCCACAACCUUUAACUAGGUUUCUUGUUUGAUAUACUGUAUAUCCACAACCUUUAACUAGGUUUCUUGUUUGAUAUACUGUAUAUCCACAACCUUUAACUAGGUUUCUUGUUUGAUAUACUGUAUAUCCACAACCUUUAACUAGGUUUCUUGUUUGAUAUACUGUAUAUCCACAACCUUUAACUAGGUUUCUUAUUUGAUAUACUGUAUAUCCACAACCUUUAACUAGGUUUCUUAUUUGAUAUACCGUAUCCAUUAUCUUAUGACACUGUAAGGCCAGAAUUCAUUGUGAACCCAUCCAGUCUUGACUAGGGGCUAGUUCCUCUGCCCAGGCGUUGCUGACGCAUGCCAGAUCGUACAACUCCUGGAUAGGUAUUUUAAGUAUCAGCUAACCACAUCAUAUGUUGUAGAAAUCUGGUGCCCGACGGCGCAGUCAAUGACGUGGCACGCAACCAUUGGUUGAUGCAUGCAACGUCUGAGCUGGGGAACGCGACCCAAGUCUGCAGAUCAAGUAUAUAGGCUACUGGCAUUUCCUGUCAAUGACACAUUUCCUGUUCACAAAUCUCCAGUUGGCUUUCAAAAUCUGUUGUUUAGCUGGAGAAAACUUUGUGUCUGUCUGACAUAUAUAAAAAAGGAUGUAUUGAGUUUCUUACUUAAAAAAAAAAAAGUCCUACUUUUUAACUCUGCAUUGUUGGGAAAGAGCUCGUAAGUAAGCAUUUCACUGUAAAGUCUACACCUGAUGUAUUCGGCACAUGUGACAAAUAAAAUGUGAUUUGAUUUGAGGCAUUUCUCACAGAUAUUAUUGGAUGUUGCAGAACCACAGCAUGAAUCCAUGUGUCUUCUGGCUAGAGUGUCUGUGUCUCACUAAGGGGACAAAGUAAACAAGAAACCAAUAUACCAAUAUUUUCCACCAGAGCUCCUUGUUGCUCUCAGUGUUCCUCCAUUUAAAAAUAUGUAAACAGUAGUAGUAAAUUAAACUCCUGCUGAUAGUGUAAAGUAACUGUAGGGGGCGAUAAAAUUAUAUUUCUGCACUGUUUCCUCUGUGUUAGUCAAGGGAUAACAGUGACAAUAAUUCCUCUCAUAUAUCCUGUUUUUCAUGGGAAACACAUCAUGGAUUAAAUAAAAUACAUUUUGAGACCAAUAAGGCAACUUGAACUGGUUACAUCAUUUCACAUAGCAAUGACACAUACUAAAGGCACUCAUCAUUAAUUGAAAUGACCAUUGAACAGCAGGACAUAUCCCAGAUUCUGUCUUUAAUAAGAGUUAAAGUGUAACUCCAUCAAGUGUUUUUCUAUUCAUUAAAACGUUUGAUAUUCAGUGAAGUUCUUGCUUCCACAGUUGGUAUUCUAAUACUGGGUAGCCACAGUUCAGCUGAAUGACACAGUGCAAAUGGUUUAACUGUACAGCAUAAACAGGGCCCUAAGCAUGCCACAUCAACACACACUGACGUGGCACGGUGUGACUGUCUAUGAUUAGAGUGGGUUUACACUCAUAUCAGGGGUGGGUGGAGGUGGUCUUUACAACUACAGAGUGACGUAAGCGGCAUUGGCUCUCUCAAGGGCAACACAAAAGAGGGUCUAUAGCCGGACAGUGUAUCUGCACAAACCAAUCAGCAAUGACUCAGCUUGAAUACAACUGUCAAGGCAGAGAAAAAGCAUUGCUCUUUGGUGGUUGUUUGUCCACUAUGAUAUCUAUACUGAUAAGGAGGAUCAUUACUUCUCAUGUCUGCUGUAGUUUAGAGUAG